AUGGUCAAGGUGUCUUUCAACUCUGCAUUCUCGCAGAAAGAUGUGAAGAAGGACACGGAAACACUCAUUCCCGACCAGUACAAAGAUGCCGAAGCAGCGGCGGGUCCAGUUAGUCAUCACUCCCGACCAUGGCGUUGGUGCAUGUGUCUGGGUCUGGCCCUUGUGCUGUCAGCAAUGGUUGUCGGCGGAGCCUACCUGUACCGCUACUACGUCUUGGAGGAGGGAGAAGUGUUUGUGUGUGGCGUCAAUUACCGCGAGGAAGACCUCAGCUUGGAGGAAUUGGAGCAGCAGGUGGAGGCAGAGCUGGCAAGUCCUCUACGACAGAUGGAGGAGAGAAUCAGAGUGCUUGAGCGAGAGCAGGUGGCGCUCAUCAACGUGCCCGUGCCCGAAUUCGAAGACAGCGACCCGGCCGACAUUGUGCACGACUUUUACAGGGGACUGACGGCCUACCUGGACCUGAGCCUUAACAAGUGCUACGUCAUUACGCUCAACACGUCUAUUGUCAUGCCUCCUCGGGACUUCCUGGAGCUGCUGGUCAACGUCGAGGCCGGCACAUACCUACCACAGUCGUACCUUGUGCAUGAGGAAAUGAUGGUGACCGAGCGCUUGGAGCACGUGGACCAACUGGGAUACUUUAUCCACAAGUUGUGCCGUGGCAAGGAUACCUUCAAGCUGCAGAGACGUGACAGGAUCCUCGGCAUGCAGAAGCGCGAAGUCCUGGACUGCCGCAAGAUUCGCCACUUUGAGAGCAAGGUUGUGGUGGAGACCACCAUCUGCCAGCUUUAA